GAAGUGAAAUAUUGUUAAGAUUGUUUGGCGUUGGUAAGUUUGGUAUAUUCUCUGUUCUCUGGUAUAUUAUUCCGACCAAUAGUGAUUGGAAAUUAAAAAAAAAAAACAGAAAAUAACGGAAUGGAAUUGGUAGGUUCACGAGGUUCGAAUACAAAGAUAGGAUGGAUUUGGAACAUUUCGAUAAUCUACCGUUCCGACUGAACCUACCGUCCUGGCAAACCUACUAGGAUCAGAAUUUUAAAAAUCAAAUAAAAACCCUAUUUCCUAUCCUUACAUUUGAGGAACGGAAUGAACCUACUGACUUCGCUUCCGAACGCGCAUCACUAUUGUCCAAUCAUGUUUUAGAUAUGAUUUGCUAACGACAAACGUGGCCGGAACAGUAGAUGUCUUGAAUAGAGGUGUGCCCAAAGAACCAGAACCGUACGAUUCAUUCAGUUCAUUCUAAAGAACGAACGACCUACGUACGCGACAGAUUUUGCGGAUUUCGCCUGCGUAACUUUAUGUAAAAAAUAAUUGCUUGGUAAUAUUUUUAUAUGAAGUCUAACGUUCGAUUUCGCAAAAAAGCCAUCGUGUGGAAAAAGUGUAACGCAAUUAACGUAUUUAAUGUUUAAAACUCGGACCAUAAAUUCAAAUCCAUCAUUUUGACGGUUUCUUUAUCUGUUUCCCUUUUCAAUGUGAAACAUUUAACACAAAAGAGAAGUCGAUGAAAUAAUUCAUCUUGAAAACAUACAUUUCCUUGACAGCCACCGCUUCGCUAGUUGACAGCUGCCGCUAGCGAUAUAAACAAAACAAUUCACUGUUUUUCCUUCACGAAGCAAUUAGCACGAUCGCUGCUUCCGCUCCGGAAUACCAACUCACACCAAUUCGUGCCAACCAUUGCGUGAAACGCCUAAUCUCCCCGAAUGGGUUUCGUACAGCGCGCGCUCUUCACCUGGUUCAUUCUGCUAGUGUUUCUGGUGGUGCUCUGUCUGCGGCUCGAAAACCGAAUCUACUGGAACUGGUUCCUCGUCUUCAUACCGCUAUGGCUGUACGACGUGAUACUGGUGGCGUGGGCCGUGAUCGAAAUCGUGCAAAGGCAGCACGCAAAUCGGCUCAUCUCACUGCACCACUACAAGUACUACGUGGUUGGGAUAGUGUUGAAAAUUUUCUCCCAAAUCACUAUCUGCCUGAAGCUCGAGUACAAAUCGAUACCGAUGUACGUGAUGAUGAUUCCGAUCUGGAUGUUGCUAGCACUGCUGAUCGUUUUCGUUGGAACGCACCUGCAACCGAAACCGCGCUCGAUCGGCUCGAACCGCAGCAACCGCCAGUCGGCGGGCGUAUCCUCCUGAGGGUAUUUGAAACUUCGCGUAUGCGAAAUCGAACCAAGCGCUACGGAGUAACAACAGCAGUAGCAGGAUGGCGAUGGCGAAUCCUUUCCGUAAAGAAGUAGAGGAAACGCGAAAAAAAAACAACCGAACCGUGUCGGUAGCAAGACUUCAACAAAAAUAGCUGUAUAUUGUACCGUUUCACUAUUGUAACGCUUUUUUAAACUUAAGAAAAUUGUACUAAUGCGUUUGUACUGUUAGAAACCAAUCUCAUAAUGUAAUAAAUUACUCUUUAAAACAAA